ACAAGACAAAAUAGUCUGUGCACUGGAAACGCACGGAAGCCAAGUGAUUAUAAGAUAAUUUUAAAUUAUUCGUGUCAAGUAUUUAAGUAACACAAACCCAUCGACGUAAUGUCUACCAGCACUUCUAAAAUGAGGAGGCCCGCUGUUAAAGUUACAACAUCAUCUAGAAAUGCUUCAACAUCAAAGAAGCUGAAUGCAUCUGGUUCAGCGACAAUGAAUAAAAAUAGCCAGACAGCAAGUCGCAGCAUCACAGGAUCAACAAGCCGAAGAAGUAUGGGUUUGCACUCCGAGAGCAAAAUAUUGGAUAAAGGCUCUCUUCAGAUUGUUAAGCAUGCUGUGCAGGUUUUUGAUGAACAAGGAAAGAAUGUUACACCUCGACCACUAUUUCAGUCUGACCUCAGUGCAAUGCAGCCAAAACAAAGUAAAAUUUUUACAUCUCAGGAUACCUCGGGGGUGAAUGCAUCUGACCUGUUGUCCACUAUGUCUUUGUACCAAACUGGAGCCAGUGCUAGCUUUGCUGGGCCAUUCACAAGAUCUGUUUUUGGAAGCAGUAGUGUUUCUAAAUCCAGCAGAUCUACUAUGGAAUCAAUGAGUGAAGAAAUUGAAGAACCCGGAUCUAGGCGUGACAUUUCUGUGUACCUUUCAGAUGUACAGGUCAGACGAGAGGAGGUGAGAGAACAGAUUACAGAAGAACUGCUGGACAAGACAGUAGAUGGGUAUUUAACAGAAACUGAAACCAUUUGGUUAUUGGACAUACCAACUGUCAUGAUAUCUGUCGAUUCUGAAGACGCAAACACAAUCAAGCAAAAAAACAAUGCCUAUGUGGGACUGUGUAAAAACAAAGCUGGAAAUGAUCAAUACAUUGAAAGGAUGAUGCAGACUUUUAAUGGAGCAUCAAAAACCAAAGAAGUCCAGUGUGAAAAAAUCGACGUUGCUGAUGCAGGUGUGAUGGCAACCACGUGGGACAUGUAUGACACCUUCCAUUCUGCUGAAGUGGAGCCCAUGGACUUUCACGUGGCAGAGAAAUCAAGUCAAUCUGCAAGUUUCAUAAGCAGAGAGCCUGAAAGAACAAUGUCUACAAUGAGUUCAACAAGCAUGACCAGUCAGUCCAGUUCAGUUGUGGAUUUCGAUAGUGUUAUCACAUCCAAGAUACCUAAAGCAGAGGAAAUAGACCCAGAAGAAAUCCUCAAGUCUGACAACUUCCAGCAGGAUUUGUUUGUCAUGGAGAGGAUCAUAUUAGAAAACAUCUUCCAGCCCAAAUUAGCUGCCUAUCGGCAACUCCCUAUUCUAACAGAGUCUGAUUACUGUCCUGGAGAGGAAGAUGUGGUUAAAAAAGGGAAUGCCGAUGUGGAAAUAGUAGUUCCCACUUUACAUCGACUGUGGGCUUUUACAUGCGAGCUGACAAUGGGACGCAAUGUGAGCAGCAUGGCAUGGAACAAGAAACAUGUGGAUCUCUUGGCAGUUGGCUAUGGAAAGUUUGAUUUUAAGGAACAGAAAGAAGGACUUGUCUGUUGUUGGUCCUUAAAAAAUCCUAUGUGGCCAGAGCGGAUCUAUCAUUGCAGCAGUGGUGUGACAGCCUUGGAUUUGUCUGCUGUAAAUGCCAAUCUGCUGGCAGUUGGAAUGCAUGAUGGAACUAUAGCAAUCUACAACAUCCAGAGUAAAGAGGAUGCACCAGUUAUUGAUAGCAGUGACUGUUCAAAUCAGCACACAAGCCCAGUUUGGCAAGUUAAGUGGAUAGAACAGGAGAGGGGUCCAUCUGGGGAUGACAAAGGGGAGACACUCAUUGCAGUAUCAGCAGAUGGCAGAAUUACCAAGUGGUAUCUACGGAAAGGACUAGAUUGUGCUGAUCUUAUGAAGCUGAAGCGAACUAGAAGUGAAAAAUCUAAGAAACAGCCAGGGGAGAAGGACCGAAAGAGUGAAGCACUCAUUUCUCGACAAGCACCUGGAAUGUGUUUCGACUUUAACACCAAGGAUACAAACAUUUACCUGGCUGGUACAGAGGAGGGACACAUUCAUAAUUGUUCAUGUUCAUAUAAUGAACAAUACCUGGAUACUUACAGAGCCCACAAAGGUCCUGUUUACAAAAUAGCGUGGUCUCCAUUUUCCCCAGACGUGUUUCUAAGUUGCUCAGCUGACUGGACCAUACAGUUGUGGAGACAAGAUCUGCUAAAACCAGUUCUUAGCUUCACUUCCACCAACAGAGCUGUAUAUGACAUCAUGUGGUCCCCAAAAUCAUCCACAGUAUUUGGGGCGGUCAAUGAAGGGAGUGUAGAGAUCUGGGACCUAAGUGCCAGCAUCUUGGAUCCUACUGUUGUGAGUCCAGCCAGCCCUGGAGUGAAUCUGACCACACUGCUGUUUGCUACAAAAACAGACUGUAUUCUAAUUGGUGACAGUGAUGGACAAGUCAGUGUUUAUGAACUAAAGAACCUACAAACCAGAGAAAAUAGCCAGGUGAAUGCACUAUAUGACAUAAUUGGGACAACUCUGGCCAGUCAGCUGUAAUUAACACCACAAUUUUAAGUACCAAAGAUGCAAAAUAAAUAAAUGUAACAUUGCUAUUCACUGUGUUAGUUGCUUUUAUAUAAUGGUUAGUCAUAAAAGUAUAGUGGGAGACAGACAGUCUCUCCCAAAGAAGAAUAAUCAGAUCAAAGUCUAAUUCAGACCGUCUUGUUCUAAAUGUACUUACCAAUAUGUCUUAUUGGUUUAAUGUUGUAGACGCAGACUGAGAAAAAUGUAUUGAAACAUGGCUUUACCAAAAUAAGAACAACGAUUAAAUGAGAAUAAAGAUACAGUGAAACACAUCCAAUAAACUGGGGAAAAAAGUUACCAAGUGCAAAAUGUUUGGGUUGGUGUUG